UCUGUUUUAAGGUGUGUUGGCGGGAGAGAUAAUUCUAGGGUUAUGCCUCCAGUAUUUUGUUUAAUGACUAAUAAGUCAGAAGAAUCAUAUAGAAGAUUAUUUCAAAAACUAAUAGAUUUUGGGGAAGUGUAUAAUAUUGAUUUGCAGCCUCAAAUAAUCUUAACAGAUUUUGAGAGUACUGCUAUAAACGCCGUUCAAUUGGAGUUCGAUAAUGUCCAAAGUAAGGGGUGCCACUUCCAUCUAGCUCAAAGUGUUUAUCAUAAAGUUCAAAACUGCGGGCUUUCUUCACGUUAUGAUACUAACGAACCCUUUAGUUUACUAAUAAGGCAUAUUCCUGCUCUCGCGUUUUUGCCAUAUAAUGAAAUACCAGAUGCAUUCGACGAAUUGAAUUCUAUUAUUCUAUCUGAAGCCCAUGAG